AUGGCAAUGGAAAAUAAAACACAAUGUUUUACAUGUAAUAAAGACAAAAUAACAUUUUCUUGUGAAGGAUGUUUACAAAGGUUUUGUUUAAUACAUUUGCCAGAACAUUACCAAAGAUUAAAUGAAGAAUUAAAUCAUAUUAUUGAUGAUUAUAAUGAAUUUAAAGAAACGAUUAAUGAACAGAAACAAAAUCCACAUAAUCAUUCAUUAAUCAAACAAAUUAAUCAAUGGGAAGGCAAUUCAAUUGCAAGAAUUCAACAAAAAGCACAAAACUGUAGAGACAUUGUCAUUGAAUCAUUACAAACACUUAUUAAUGAUAUUGAAAUGAAAUUUAAUGAUUUAAAUAAGCAAAUACAACAACUACAUAAAGAAACUGACUUUAAUGAGAUUAGUUUAAAUUAUUUAAGAAAUCAAUUAAUACAAAUUACACAAGAAUUAAAUAAUCCAUCAAAUAUUUCUAUUCAACGGGAAUCACAACCAUUUAUUAAUGAAAUUUCAAUUAUUUCAUCGAAAAAACCAAAAUUUAACGAAUGGAAACCGAAUGCCAUCACUGUGGUUGGUGGAAAUGGGCAAGGACAACAACUAAAUCAACUCAAUCGUCCCGGUGGAAUUUUUAUUGAUAAAAACAAAAAUAUGUUCAUUACUGAUUAUGAGAAUCAUCGUAUUGUGGAAUGGAAAUGUAAUGCAAAGGAAGGACAAAUCAUUGCAGGUGGAAAUGGCAGAGGAAAUCGAAUGGAUCAAUUGAAUCACCCAACAGAUGUGAUUGUUGAUCAACAAAAUCAUUCGAUCAUCAUUGCUGAUCGUGGGAACAGACGGGUAAUCCAAUGGUUGAAUCAAAAGCAACAAAUUCUCAUUGAUAAUACUGCUUGUUGGGGCUUAGCGAUGGAUAAACAUGGAUUUAUUUAUGUUUCUGAUGAAAGGAAAAAUGAAGUCAGAAGAUGGAAAAUGGGAGAGUACAACAACGAAGGAAUUGUAGUGGCAGGUGGAAAUGGACAAGGAGAUCAACUCUAUAAUUCUGCGUCUAUCUUUGUUGAUGAAGAUCAAUCUAUUUAUGUUUCAGAUGAGAGCAAUCAUCGUGUGAUGAAAUGGAGGAAAGAUGCAAAAGAAGGAAUUAUUGUGGCUGGAGGAAAUGGUAAAGGAAGAAAUCUCAAUCAAUUGUCCUCUCCUCAAGGAGUAAUUGUAGACGAUCUGGGUCAAAUCUAUGUGGCAGACUGGGAGAAUCAUCGAGUAAUGCGUUGGUGUGAAGGAAAAAAAGAAGGUGAAAUUGUUGUUGGUGGAAAUGGUAAAGGAAAUCAAUCAAAUCAAUUGAACGGUCUUUAUGGUUUAUCUUUUGAUGUCGAAAGAAAUCUUUAUGUUGCUGAUGAUAUGAAUCAUCGAAUUCAAAAAUUCGAAGUACUUUUGUAA